AUGCUCCUGGCCGCCUUGUGCGGAACACUGGCUGGAGAAUACAACUAUCAGGUAAAUAUGCUUCCUUAUUUGGAUGUGGCGAUGCUGCAGACCUAUCUGGAUGUCGAUCCAGUGAACGCAAGGGGCGAACACCUCAUGGAUGCCGGGCGCAUCGUUUUCACCAAGGCCUCGCACCUGGACAUCAAGCAUUCCAUGGGCUUCAUGGACACCGAUGUCUGGUGUGUUGCACCCGUGACCACGCUGGACCUCGACGGGAACAGCACCGUUCCUGCCGUGGUCGACUUCUGGGCCAUCGGGAAGAACUGCUGUGCAGGAAGUGCCGGGGGAGACUUCCGCUGUGGUUCGUGGUCGGACCGCUUCGCCCACGGUGGACUGCGCCUUCUAGACGAAGCGGAGCGGCCCUUCUACAGGCUGGCGGUCCAACAAGCAGAAGCUGCCUUCAAGCUUCAGGUGCUUCAUCCAAUCUUCCUGCAUUGGAUGCCAGAGCCUGUGGAGGAGGUUGAAGCGUACAAGAAAGGCGGACACAGGUUCUUCCAGAUUGCGGUGAUGUCAUACUUCUUGUUUCAGUUCACUCUCGUGUUUGCGGCCGUGUUUUUCGUGAACAAAGUGGCCCAGUGGUGA